AUGCCGUCGCCACAAUCCUUUGGUGGUGGCGGUGGUGGUCGUGAUUCAGAUGAGGACGAUGAAGAUGGCCCAAGCGAAGACAGGGAAAGUUGGUUCGCCGGUGGAGAGAGGAGUGGAAUUUCUAUCCAGAAUCCUGACCGUAGGGGCGUUCCAGGCGGUAAUAUGGUGCGCGAUUUACUGCGUCGAGCUGCCGAAGCUGGCCCGCCACCUGUAGCGAUGGGAUCUGAACCCAGAGCUCAUGUAUUUACUGGUGGUGGACACACGCUAGGAAGUGACGAAGUACCUAGUACUUUCAUUCCUGACCUGAAUGCUGAGGAGAAUGAUGGCACUGAAGAAACCGCAAUUCGCCAUCUCACCUUUUGGAGAGACGGAUUCACUGUCGAAGAUGGUGACCUCAUGCGAUACGAUGAUCCGAAUAAUGAACAAAUCCUUGCGGAAAUCAACUCUGGCCGCGCGCCACCGUCUAUCCUCAAUGUGCUCCCGGGGCAGCCAGUUGAACUCCGCGUUGCUAAGCAUACCGAUGAAGAUUAUGUACCACCUAAACGUACUGGCUUUUUUGGGAGUGGUAACCGCCUCGGGGCUCCUGUUCCUGGAGGAGACUUUGCACAGGCAUCCGGUUCGUCGAUGCCAGGAAGUUUUCCGUCCACCUCUUUCUCCCCUCCUUCUUCAGAGGCUACCCGUGAACGUAUCUCUACCAAGUUUGCAGUCGAUCAAUCAAAACCGACUACGAGUAUCCAGAUACGCUUGGCUGAUGGAACUAGAAUGGUUUGCCGCAUGAACUUGACACAUACGAUCCUUGACAUUCGCAAUUUCAUCAAUGCAUCUCGCCCUGAAAAUCUCACACGGCCGUACUCUAUCGGGACGACGUUUCCGAAUCGUAUCCUUGACGACAACACGCAGACGGUUAAGGAUGCAGGACUUCUGAACAGUGUCAUCGUUCAGAGAUGGGUUUGA